AUGGGAGGAGAAGAAAUGCCGUACGCCAUUCAAGUUGACCAAGACGCGGGGACUCAGCACGGAUUGGGGAUCACCGUCGGCAAGUGGGAGGUCGGCCUCUUCGGCUGCUGCACGCACAUGGUGCCCAACUGUUGCAUGGUCUUCUGUUGCCCGUGCGUCUCACUGGCACAGAUCUCGGCGCGCCUGGGUAAGCUGAAAUACGACAUCGCACUCGUGCUGUUCGUGCUCCUGUUCUUCUGCACUGGUGGAACUGCCAGCCUUGUCGGUCUCAUUUGGCUCUGGCAGACACGCGCUCAGACGCGCGAGCGUUUCCAGAUUCCGGGGAGUUGCUGCGGAGACUUUUGUGCCUCGUGCUUCUGCGGCUGCUGCACGAUGACCCAGAUCGCGACGCACAUCAAGAGCUACAAGCCCGGUAGCUGCAACUUCAGCGCCCAAAACACGCUACCGCCGUACGAACGUGCCUAA